AACGGACUUAUCAGUGGGGUUUUAGCGGUGUUCCCACCUCAUCAUCCAUGCCGCAAAACCCCUUCACGGCGGUGCCGAUGGACUCUCCGCUCCCGUUCCUCAGAACUCCGGCCGCCGCUUCCUCCGCGGCACCGCUCUUCGUCCCCAAACUGUCGAUCCCGAGUUGGAACCGCAACCCGCCGCGCACUCUCCGAGUACCCAUCUCCCGAUUCCGCAGGGGAGCCCCCUCCCCGCCUCGCCGCACACCCUUCUGCAGCGCCGGGCACCCGCCGGUCGCGGCUCUGCCGGGCCGUCGAGCCGGGCGGCGCCGGAACCGCCUCAGGGAGAAGCUCCUCCGCGACCGAAAGGUGCGUCCCGACUUCGCUCAUUUGGGCCCCGAAUCCGAUGCUCGAGCUCCCUCCUUUGGCGGCGUUCUCGAGAAUGAUGGUUUCGUCGAGAGCGGAGUGGGUGGUCUGGUAGAAUCUAAACGCGGGGUGUUGGGUGAAUCGGUGUUGUGGAGUAGAUUGGAGAAUUGGGUCGAUCAGUAUAAGAGUGAUCUCGAUUUGUGGGGGGUUGGUUCGGCUCCUGUAUUUACGGUGUUUCAAGACCCCGAUGGGAAUGUCAAGCGUGUCGCGGUUGACGAGGAGGAGGUAUUGAGAAGAAGCAGAGUGGUCUUGCCGGAGCACGGGGACUCGAAUGAAGUGAAUUCGAAGGUGGCCCGCGCUAGGGGUUUAGCUAGGGAGAUGGAGAGUGGGAGCAAUGUGAUUCCAAGGAACAGCUCGGUGGCUAAAUUUGUUGCUGCGGAUGCAGAAUGUGGCUCCGUUAGCACCGUUCCGAAUCUUCCGUUGCAUUCUGCUUUGAGGCCUAAAGUGUUGGGAGCUGGGACCAUGGUCUUGUGUGGUGUCUUUGUGUUAAGCGCGAUCAAGUGGAUUUUCACUUUCCGCAAGCGGGAGGUGCAAUACACACAACUGGAGAAGGAAAUGAUGAGGAGGAAGAUGAAGGCGAGAAAGGAGAAGGAAAUUUUGGAGAAGGGGCAUAUGGAGAUUGUUACAGAAGCUUCGGAAACGCCAAAUAUUCUAAUGCCAAGGCCUCACCUAGAUAAGCAUGCGCUUGUAGCCAGUAUCCGGCAAUCGAAGACUUCGAGCAGUGAAUUGGCAGAGCCCAACCUGGACCGUUCUAAUCUCCUGGAUGGCUUAGCUGUUGGAUUUGAUGGUAAAAUUAAGGAAAUAAGAGAACUGGCUAAAAGAGCUAGGGAAACCGAGGGUCGAGAUAGUUCUCUAAUUGAAGGUUAUGAAGGAGAGAAGCAGGGAAAGGAGGAGUCAUUAUCCACCGUAAAGGAGUUGAUCGAGCAACAUGAUGAAGAUGGAGUAAGUUCUCCAGUUAACCAUCAUGCACAUGCCGGAGGGAGCAUGCCAGCUAAUGAAUCUCAUGUGAUAUCAACAACUGAACCAGAAAGUGAUUGGGAUGGAUCCCGUAGUGAAUCAUUGGCAGAAGGAAAUGGAGAUAUCAGAGCCUCUAGUGUUUCAGCCAUCGGAGAUUAUAGUGAUAUUGGAAGCGGCAGGCAAGACAAAGCUACCAAGUGCAUAUCAGAUCUGACCAAUGCAUGCGAAAUCCAGUCCUUAGAUACUCUUGUUUGUGAAGUACACCGAGGAAAUGCAGUCAGAAGGAAACCUAAGAUCAUUCGGUCAGUGAAAGAAGCUAGGGAGUAUCUUUCUGACAAACCUGGUACACGAGAAGGUAAUGAAGAUGCUAAAGAGGUGGAUCUGGGAGAGAGUGAGAUUAACAGCAAUUUAAGAGAGACAACCAACAUAGUCGAGCAAUCAGCUAGCGUUGGCAUGUCUGGAGAAACACCUGAUUCUUCGACGGUGAAUGCUAACAUCCACGGAGAUAUGAUUGCUGAGGAAUUAGAAUCUAUUCCAGAAAUGGUUGAUAAUUUGGCAAGCCAUGGUGAAGAACAUGGAGCAUAUGAUGUCCGCAAUCCGUUGACUUGGCAGAAACAUGAAGCUAAUAGCUCGACUGCUGAGGCUGAUACAUCUAAAAAAUCUCAAAACUGGAUUGAGGAAAAUUUUAAUGUGGUUGAACCUAUUCUGGGGAAGAUUGGGGAUGGAUUUAGGAAUAAUUACAUGAUUGCAAGAGAGAAAGUAAAUCAGCCUUUAAAUGCCAGUAUCGACUUGACUCAGCUUCACCUCGAUGAAGAUAAUGGUGAACUUGAGUGGAUGAAAGAUGAUAAUCUUCGGGAAAUUGUUUUUCAAGUUCGGGAUAAUGAAUUGACCGGGAAGGAUCCAUUUUAUGCCAUGGAUGCUGAAGAUAAGCGUGCUUUCUUUGCGGGUCUCGAGAAGAAAGUUGAGAAAGUGAAUGAAGAGCUAUUAAAAGUUCACGAGUACCUCCAUUCUAACAUCGAAAAUCUUGACUAUGGAGCAGAUGGCAUCAGCAUAUAUGAUCCAGUGGAAAAGAUUAUUCCUCGCUGGAAAGAGCCUCCAGUGGAAAGGAAACCCGACUUUGUCAAUAGACAUCUGAAGGAAAAGAAGGCAUCAAUGACUGGAGAAGCUCAAGUAUCACCUCUUAUAAAGAAGGAUGAAAAGAAUUUAGUUGAGAAAUCUGCUGGAUCCCAAGGGAAUGAGAAUACUCCAUCUUCCUUAGCAGUCAACAGUGUAAAUAACAUUCAGAGUGAGGAUCCUAAAAUGACCAAGAUCCUCAUAGAAGGCAGUGAUGGUUCUGUUAGAACUGGUAAAAAAUCAGGAAAGGAGUACUGGCAACAUACAAAAAAGUGGUCUCGAGGAUUUUUGGAUUCUUACAAUGCAGAGAGGGACCCAGAAGUUAAAUCUGUUAUGAAGGAUAUAGGGAAGGAUCUGGAUCGGUGGAUCACUGAAAAGGAAAUACAGGAAGCUGCUGAACUAAUGGAUAAAUUACCCAAGAGAAAUAAGGAAUAUAUAGGGAAAAAACUUAACAAACUCAAAAGAGAGAUGGAAUUGUUUGGACCUCAAGCUGUAGUAAGCAAAUAUCGAGAGUAUGCAGAAGACAAGGACGAAGAUUACUUAUGGUGGCUAGAUCUUCCACAUGUAUUGUGCAUUGAAUUAUAUACGCAUCAAGAUGGGGAGCAGAAAGUUGGGUUCUACUCACUGGAGAUGGCUGCAGAUCUUGAAUUGGAACCGAAGCCACAUCAUGUAAUUGCUUUUGAAGAUGCUGGUGAUUGCAAGAACCUGUGCUACAUCAUGCAAGCUCACAUGGACAUGCUUGGAAAUGGUCAAGCAUUCAUUGUUCCUCUCCCACCCAAGGAUGCUUUUCGAGAAGCCAAAGCGAAUGGCUUCGGUGUAACUGUUGUCAGAAAAGGAGAGAUCCAGUUAAAUGUGGAUCAACCACUGGAGGAAGUGGAAGAACAAAUUACUGAGAUUGGGAGCAAGAUAUACCAUGAUCAGAUCAUGCAAGAACGUUCUGUGGAUAUAGGUGCAUUGAUGAAGGGCGUGUUUGGUGGCAACAGUAAACCCUCUAAGAGGAGAAGAUUAAAGAGAGCAAGAAAGAAACCGAGCCGUAAUAAGAAAACAAAGUGAACUGCUUUUUCUACAGAUGAGAGUUGAGUGACACAUAAUGACCGCGAAUAUUCAUUUAUGGAAUCCACAGCCGCUACAGCUCAUUUGCAGGGUUCUGGCUGCCUGAAAUUCUGUGUUUAUUCAGGAGUUUGAUUGUCGCGUCAGUCAUUCCUGAGCCACCUCAUCAAGACACAGCUAAUCUGCUAACCAGUCCAUUAUUUGUCUGUAUGACCUUUGCCAAUUCAAGCGCAAAAUUGGUUGCACUGCACACGCGUGCUUCCUCUGCAUCGGAGGUCUGAUUCGUUUGAAGUUAUGACUAGAGUUUUUUUUGCUUUGAAGAUGGUAUCUGACUGAAACUAGCAUUAACUCUACAUCCUUAAAGGAAGAUUCUCGUGCUGAUGGCUUAGAAUUGUAUCAAUUACCACAUGUGGAGAGCUCGAAAUAUUGGGUCGCCGUCCUUGGGUGCUGCAGAAUGUUGUUUGGAUAAGGUGGAGUCUACUUUGUGGA